UCACCGGACUCCUCCGGUCCUCUCUCGGCCGCCCUGGUCGCUUGGAACACGGUGAGGAUGCGGUCCACGGCCGCGGUGACCCGCUCCGUGACCAGGUCUCUCAGCUCCUCCACGGCCGCCUCCCGGCGCUCCUUCAGCAGGCAGAAGAUCUCCUCCGCGGCCGCCGCCAGCUGCUGCUCCACGGCGGCCCGCAGGUUCCGGCUCUCGCUGCUUUUGGACCGUCUUUUGGACAUUUUGGCGGAACUCCCACCGAACAAAGAGCAGAACGUAAACAAAGCGAGGACGCUUCCGGGAUCCCCGAAGCUGCAGCGUCUUUGCGUAAUGACGUUGCCUACGCUGCGAUGAUACGUCAUCAGCAGCGAACGCGUCUCCGGGCUCGUUAGCAUGCUAACUGCUAACGAGCCCGUUAAAACGGUUUGUGGAGUAACUGGCGGGGUUUGAGUUUGUUUUCGGGAAGUUUUUAACGUGUUUGUUUGUUUGUCCGCCGUGAAAACGCAGCUGCAGGCGCGUCACAGCUUCACCAGCUGGGAGCAGAAACAUCAGAGGACGGCUGAGAUGCCUCAUUAUAACAAGAAGAACGGGGUACCGGACCGCUGGCUGGACUACCGUCCUGUGGGACAGAGGAUACCGGGGACUCGAUUCAUCGCUUUCAAAGUGCCUUUAAAACCGUCUCUGAACCGUCAGGUCUCAGAGUCCGACUCCUUCGGUCUCUGGGACCUGCUGGACUCUGUGGAGAGUCAGAACCAGGAGCUGGGUCUGAUCAUCGACCUCACCUUCACCACGAGGUACUACAGUCUGGCUGACGUCCCGCAGUCCUGCUCUUACAUCAAGAUCCUCACUGAGGGUCGCCGCGUUCCCUCCGGCGCCGCCAUCCUGAGCUUUAAACGGGCGGUUAGAUGCUUCCUAAGGGAGAACCGAGACAACGACAAGCUCAUCGGAGUCCACUGCACCCACGGCCUGAACCGCACCGGGUAUCUGGUCUGCAGGUACCUCAUAGACGUGGACGGGCUGGAUCCUGCGGAAGCGCUGGAGAUGUUUAACUCCUGCAGAGGUCACCGCAUCGAGAGGCAGAACUACCUGGACGACCUGCAGCGAGGCGCCAAGAGGAGCAACAACGGCAUCGACAAGCCAGAGGAGGUGCCGGCCAGGGGACUCGCCGUGGAGCCGCCGGCCAGGGGACUCGGGGUGGAGCGGCAGGCGCCGCCGGCCAGGGGACUCGCAGUGGAGCCGCCGGCCAGGGGACUCGGGGUGGAGCGGCAGGCGCCGCCGGCCAGGGGACUCGGGGUGGAGCGGCAGGCGCCGCCGGCCAGGGGACUCGCUGUGCCGGCCACUAGCGCUGCUGGAGAAAAGAGACGCCCAGCAGGUGAUGACCCGGCAGAGGAGACUCAACCAGUGGGGGAUAAACGACCACGUGGUAACCGCCAUCGCAGAGGAGCUCGACAUCGCCGGAGGGCGGGCCAGAAGGACGGCGUCCUCCUCCCCCCUCCCCCCCUCCCCUCCUAUGUCUGGAGCCCCGCCCAUCACCCCCCUCCCUCAGUACAGCUGCAGUGACGAGCAGGAACAGCAAACCGAGUCUGUGAAGGUCCAGCAGGACCAAAGAACCAGAAACCGUCCCCCCUGGUUUCCUGCUGGACCUUUACAGACUUUUUUACAGAGUUUUUAUGAAGCGGGAGAAACUUGUUCCCCUGACAGCUGAAAUUAAACAGAAUGAACUUGUC